AUGUGGAGCUGGUUCGGCGGCGGCGGCGGCGGCGGCCAACGCAAGGACUCGCCAAAGGAUGCCAUUCUCGGGUUGCGGUCUCAUCUUGAUAUGCUGCAGAAACGCGAGAGGCACCUCCAGAACCAGAUAGACGAGCAGCAGAAUAUUGCCCGGAAGAAUGCCAACACAAACAAGAACGUGGCCAAGGCAGCCUUGCGGCGCAAGAAGACGCACGAGCAAGCGCUGGAUCAGACGAUCGCGCAGAUAGGAACGCUGGAGCAGCAAAUAAACUCGAUCGAGUCUGCCAACAUCAACAGGGAGACGCUUGCGGCCAUGGAGAAGGCGAGUCAGGCGAUGAAGCAGAUUCACGGAAAGCUCACGCCGGAGAAGGUGGACGAGACAAUGGAGAAGUUGCGAGACCAGAACGCGCUCAGCCAGGAGAUUGUCGACGCCAUUACUGGCGCAACUAUUGGGGAGCAGGUGGACGAUAUGGAGCUGGAGGAGGAACUCGAUCAACUUCAGCAGGAGCAGUUGGAUGAGGCUAUCCUCAAGACAGGGCAUGUGCCGCUAUCAGACGCUGUGCACAAGAUGCCGACGCCGGCAAACGCGGAACGUACGUCGCCACCCUCUCCCCUUGUCAGUUCUCAGCUGACGAUAGCAGCCGUUUCGAGCAGGAGGCAAGCGGUGGAGGAAGAAGACGAUGAAGAGGCAGAGCUCCGCAAGCUGCAAGCCGAGAUGGCCAUGUGA